AUGAGGUAUGUUCCUAAAAGCUUAAAGGGUUUGGUUCCCAUGCUUUUGAACCGUCUCAUGCUGGCACAAACUCCCACAAGCGUCCCCCCCAUGGGACACCUUUUUACAAGCUCAACCGCGUCUUCCGCUAGAGCCGCUUUUGGCCACCCACUGGUCGAGGAUAUCGUGAAGUUUGACUUCAAGUAUGAGUCCACCUUGUGUAACAAUGGGCAUCUAGCUUGUUUCGUGUGCUGCAUCAAAUUGAAGAAGAGAUGCUCGUUCUGCAAAUUGCCUAUAGGGGAUGUUCGAUGCAGAGCCAUGGAGAAGGUCAUAAAAGCAGGGUUAGUCUCAUGCUCAAAUGCAAUGUACGGGUGUAAAGAGAGCACCGCCUAUGGAAACAAAUUACUAAGCCAUGAGAGAGUGUGUGUUUUCGCGCCAUGUUCAUGCCCCGUUAAGGAUUGUAACUACAUUGGCUCCUACAAGGAUCUCAACAGCCAUUUUCGUGGUGCACACAAACGGAGUCCGGGUUACAUAUUCGGCUUGGAGCUAAGACGUUCAAUAAUAUUCUGCUUGGAGCAGGACGUUAGUGAUCAGAUGAUCAUUUUUCAAGAAGAGAAAGAAGGUGAUGUGAUUGUAGUUGAAAGUUUCACCGGAUCAGAAGGGGUGUAUGUGACUGUGAGCCAUAUAGCGCCUACGGUUCCGGGAGUACGCAAAUUCUCCAGCAGCCUAGCCAGAAUCCAAGAGCAUAGCACACUAAGGCUGGGGUUGCGGGUGAAGAAUAUUCAGAAAUGGAGAAAGCUAGAAGAGCAGCCUGAAGAUGACUUUCUAUUGAUCCCAUCUUAUAUGUUGAGUGGUGUUCAUAUUAAGAUGGAGAUUAGCAUCGGCAAUGAAGAUGCCUAUGUUCAUGUCUGAGCUAUGUUCGGUCAGUAGAAGUAGGGAACUCUGCUAGGUAAUGGGUCAUUGAGUUUGAUUUUGUAGUUUCAUGCAUUGCAUUUACAAUGAGUUAUCAUAAUUUAUGGAAUAGACAUUUCCAUCCUCUUAUAACAGUUUUUUGCAUUGCAUAUAUGAACUUCCGGAGGACCAAACAACAACAUCUCCUCAAUUUCUUGUUAACUAGAGCUGCUUUUCGAA